CGGCAGGGAAGCCCGCCCGGCCGGGGCGCGUCGUCUCCAUGGACGCCCGAACUCAGUCCUGGCCGCGGACGCUCGGUCAAACGCGCCGCCGACCCGCCUCAGCUGUGGUCAGACAGCAAGCGGCGCCGAUACGAGCGCAACGCCAAGGGCCUGCGACAUUUCUCCAUGAAGGUGUGCCAGAAAGUGCGCGCCAAGGGCACCACCACCUACAACGAGGUGGCCGACGAGCUGGUGGCUGAGCUGUGUCCGCCCGGCGCCGCCGCGUCGCCGGACCAGCAGUACGAGCAGAAGAACAUCCGCCGUCGCGUGUACGACGCGCUCAACGUGCUCAUGGCCAUGCAGAUCAUUAGCAAGGAGCGCAAGCGGAUCCAGUGGCUGGGGCUGGCGGCGCCGCCGGCCGAGGACUCGCCAGACUUGGAGCAGGAGAAAGCAGAUUGCCGACAGCGAAUCAGUGAGAAAACCCAGCAGCUCAAGGAUCUCGUGCUGCGCCAGAUUGCCUUCAAGAAUCUGGUGGAACGCAAUAAGGCGCUGGAGGAGACUGAAGGCCCGCCCGAGGCCGGCUCGUCCGUGCAGCUGCCGUUCCUCGUGGUCAACACCAAGAAGAAGACGGUGAUCGACUGCAGCAUAUCUAGCGACAAGAGGGAAUACCUCUUUAACUUCAACGACACGUUCGAGAUACAUGACGACAUUGAGGUGCUGAAGAGGAUGGGCAUGACACUAGGGCUGGACAGUGGAACCUGCGGCGAGGAGGACCUCGGGAAGGCCGCCGCCAUGCUGCCGCCAUCCCUGGCCGCCUUCAUUGAACAGGUGGCGCUGGAGGCGGCUGGCGCGCUGGACGGGCCCGAGCCCUCGCCAGACCGGCUGGACAGGCCACUGGACCAGCUGGAGACGACGUGGGAGUCGCCGUGACCCGGCCGCCCGGCAGCUGCCGAGGAGCAGCUGCCCGCUCCAGCCGCAGGCAGCUGCCCAGGACCAGCCGCCUGCUUCAGCCGCCGGACAGCAGCCGAGCGCCAG